AUGUCGGCCCCCGAAGUCCACCACCUUUUCCACAAUCCCAUUGCGGAUCACUCGUUCUCAGCUGACCGCCAAACGCUGGCCAUUGCGCGCGACACCACUGUCGAGCUCUACGGAAGGGUCGGGAAUAGCUUCAAACUCAAGGAUGAGCUCAAGGGCCACGACAAGACUGUGACCAGCAUUGAUAUUGCCCCCAACUCAGGGCGCAUUGUUACCUGCUCUCAGGAUCGCAAUGCCCUCGUGUGGGAACCUACCCCCCAAGGCUAUAAACCGACCCUCGUCCUCCUGCGCAUCAACCGAGCUGCCACCUUUGUACGCUGGUCGCCGAACGAGACCAAGUUUGCGGUUGGAUCUGGUGACAGACUGAUCGCGAUCUGCUAUUUCGAGGAGGAAAAUGACUGGUGGGUCUCGAAGCACUUGAAGAAGCCGAUUCGCAGUACCAUCACCACUGUCGCAUGGCAUCCCAACUCGGUCCUUCUUGCCGCUGGCUCUACCGAUGCCCAUGCGCGCGUCUUGUCCAGCUUCAUCAAGGGCGUCGACGCCAGGCCAGAGCCCACCGCCUGGGGUGAGAGAUUGCCCUUCAACACCAUCUGUGGCGAGUACUUGAACAACUCGGCUGGUUGGAUUCACUCUGUGGCUUUCUCCCCCAGCGGAGAUGCUCUUGCCUUUGCCGCGCAUGACAGCAGCAUCACUGUUGUGUAUCCAAGCGCCCCUGAGCAGCCGCCCAGGGCUGUUGUCACCAUCAACACCCAGCUGCUCCCCUUUAUGAGCCUCAUCUGGAAUGGAGAGGCUGAGAUCAUUGCCGCCGGAUAUGACUGCGAGGCUUUCCGGUUCAAGGGUGGUCUUAAUGGCUGGCAGCUGAGCGGAACGAUUGAGGCCAAGAGCCGCCCUGGUCUUGGUGAUGCCCGGGAAGAGUCCGCGCUCAACAUGUUCAAGCAGAUGGAUCUGAAGGGCAAGGUCAAAGAUGACACCCAGCUCAAGACAGUCCAUCAAAACACCGUCACAAUGCUGCGUCCCUACGAAACUUCUGGUGAUGCCGUUGCUAAGUUUAGUUCAAGCGGCGUGGACGGGCGCCUUGUUAUUUGGAACGUUUAA